GCUGUGAUAUUGUUAUGUCUACAAGUCCUUGGGGUGAGAAAGUUGAUAGGUCGAAGUCCGCUCUGACCACUACGACUUCGGUGGGCGAUUCGACUCAUACAUAUACGAACGACGAGAAGACAGCGUUCGCGGAUUGGAUCAAUACCUCGCUGAAGGGGGAUCCAGAUUUAGCUGAUUUGCUCCCGGUGAACUCGGAGGAUGAUUCGUUGUUCAAGGUGGUGCACAACGGCUUGGUCAUGUGCAAGUUGAUCAACGACGCGGUGCCGAACACGAUUGAUGAGCGCGCGAUCAACAAGACGAAGCUGAACGCCUACAGAAUUGGGGAGAAUCAGACGCUGGUGCUGAACUCGUCGAGGUCGAUUGGGUGCAAUGUCAUCAACAUCUCCGCGACCGACCUGAUGGAGGGGAUCCCCCAUUUGGUGCUGGGCCUCCUGUGGCAGGUCAUCAAGAUUGGGCUGCUGUCGAAGGUUAACUUGAAGGCGUGUCCCGAGUUGUUUAGGCUGUUGAACGAGGGGGAGACGCAGGAGAGCUUCUUGAAGCUGUCUCCGGACCAGAUUCUGCUGCGUUGGGUGAACUACCACCUGGCGAACUCCGGGUCGAACAAGAGGGUGCAGAACUUCUCCUCGGACAUCAAGGACUCCGAGGCGUACACGCUGUUGCUGAACCAGGUUGCGCCCAAGGAGGCUGGGGUGAACAUGUCGCCGAUGAACGAGAGCGACAAGACAAAGCGGGCGGAGAAGAUGCUUCAGGAGGCGGACAAGAUUAAGUGCAGGAAGUUCUUGCUGCCCAGAGACGUCGUUAACGGGAAUGCGAAGCUGAACUUGGCGUUCGUGGCGAACUUGUUCAACACGUACCCGGGUCUGGAGCCUGUCGAGGAGGUACCGGAGGAGAUCGUCGAGGAGACGAGGGAGGAAAAAACGUACCGAAACUGGAUGAAUUCCAUGGGUGUUUCUCCCUACGUGUCCCACCUGUACGAGGGGUGUCGCGACGGUAUCGUGUUGCUGCAGCUGUUAGACAAGAUCCGACCGGGGAUCGUGGACUGGAAGGCGGUGAAUCAGCCGCCUUUCAAGGACAGAGGUGGGAACAUGAAGCAAAUAGAGAACUGCAACUACGCCGUCAAAUUGGCCCUCGACUCGAAGUUCUCUCUUGUGGGUAUUGAGGGAAAGGACAUUUAUGACUGCAACAAGACCGCCAACCUCGCGUUCGUUUGGCAGGCCAUGCGCGCGUACACGCUCGGAAUCCUGACCAAACUCUCAGAUUCCGGCUCGCCCAUCUCGGACAGUGCCAUCAUCGCCUGGGCGAACGGCAUCCUGAGCAGCGAGCACAAGAUCAGCGGCUGGAAGGACCCCAAGAUCACGACCUCCCUCCCCAUCGCCCACCUGGUCGAGCACCUCCGCAGCGGCACCGUCGACUUCUCCCUCCUAUCUUCCUCGGACUCCUACGAAGACAAGGUCAACAAUGCCAAAUACGUCAUCACCUGCGCCAGAAAGGUAGGCGCGUGUGUAUUCACUCUUCCGGAACAGGUCGUCGAGAGCGACGCGAAGAUGAUCCUCACUCUGUUUGCCGCCCUCAUGACUGUCGCCUACAAGAAGUAGAGUGUGGGGAAGACGUGUGUUUUUUACUCGAUCUCGCCUGAGCAAGACUAGAGCGAAUCAGGGCAGAACGAGCGAUAGUGUGGCACCGAGUUUUUCUGAGUCACGCGCCGCUCUGUUCAAAUACUACACAAUUUAUAUAAUUCUCUUUUGCACAACACAGGAAAAGAAAA